AUGGAUCAUAAUUUACGAGAUUUGCUGAAGCAGGAACGGUUUUUACGCAAGAAGUUCGACACGGUACGAGAUUUCCUACAUAACUUCGACGCAGAUCAACAUAAUUGUCAAUUGGACGUUCGACUACAGCGGCUCGAGGAAACUUUUAAGGAGUUCCAGAUCGUACGUCAAAAGAUCGAGUUGCUCGCAGAAGAAGAAAGUGAGCAAACACCACCCGAGCCUAAGGAGACGGAAAAAGAAUGGGCAGAACGCGUAACCGCUUUGAACUUAGCCAGAGAAGAAGAAAAUUGGAAGGUACUGUCCGAGAUGGAAGAAAUUUUCUGCACUUUGAAGGGUGAAAUUAUGUCUCUGAAGCAACAUGAGCGUCGUGGGCAACUGAAAGAAUGGAUGAUAUUCCGUGACAAUUUUCAGAACCUGAUUCAUCGAAAUAACCAGUUGAUGCCCAUGGACAAGUUUACGUAUUUGCGAUCCUCACUGAUGGGAGAGGCGUUAAAGGCAAUUGACUCUGUGGAGUUAUCAGCAGUUAAUUAUGAGGUGGCGUGGACGUUGUUGCAAAACCGUUAUGAGAGUCGUAAAUUGAUUGUAAAAGCUUAUCUAGAUGCCUUGUUCGCUGUGGAGAGUAUGAAGAAAGAAAGUUACGAUUCACUGAAUCGGCUAAUCAGCGAUUUCGAGAUGAAUUUCAUGAUUUUGGACAAAGUGGGGGAACCAACAGCUAACUGGAGCACAUUGUUGGUUCAUAUGAUGUGUACCCGACUAGAUGGGACAGCUCUCCGACAUUGGGAGUCUCACCAUAACUCCAAGGACGUACCUAGCUAUGAGAAACUAAUCCAGUUUCUUCGAAACCAUUGUUCGGUUUUACAAUCGGUUGCUGAUAACAAGCCAGUACCGAUGGAAGAUAAGCGAUCCAAGAUAUGUAUCAGUCAUAUGACCACUCAAACUUUUAAUAAAUGUUUUUUCUGUGGAGAAGCGUUUCAUUCUGCCUUCCGUUGUAUGAAAUUUUUUAAAAUGAAGACUUCCGAACGAGCGGAAAUAUCCCGUCGACACGCGCUGUGUCUCAACUGUCUGUCACCUGGUCAUCAAGCUCGUGUCUGUAACAAGGGAUCCUGUCACCACUGUCGACAGAAGCACCACUCGCUGUUGCACACAAACUCAUACCCGGUCAAUUCCUCCGUCGCGCAAUCGUCAAGAAGUCAAACCACCAAUCAACAGCAGUUACAAACACAUCGAUCGAACCUCAACCAACCGAUACACACUCAGACGACACAAACACGCACAAACUCACUCCCAGUUAUACACUCCCACAUCAGCCAAUUACCUCCCACCACAAACCAGUCAUGCACGUGGUGA